UGUUUGCUCGUCCGUGAAGUUUCGGAGGAAUGGUGUUGCUCUCGUUGUUUUGGGAAUUUCACGCGAAUUAUCGUACUAUUUUUAUCGUGUGUGGGUGAAUCAGGUGUCUUCGUCGUCUUUGAUACUAUUUUCGAUAUCUUCGUAUUCUCUAAGUCGUUUGCUGGGCGAGAUUCGCGUUUAAAAGAAGAACGGAGGUUAGUUUCGGCAGAUGUAUUGGGGUAUGUAGUUUUCUAUGAAACUUAGUUUUAAAUGGUUUUGAAACAGAUUAAUAAAUAUAACAAGAUUUUAUUAUAUUGUAAAAAUCUUAUGAAACUACUUCAUUCAUUCAUCAUAAAAUUUUAUUUAAAUGAAAUUUAUUAUGUUUCAAAUUACAUAUCAUUUCUUUUCAUUUUAAUCAAUUGUAUGCGUUUUGAACAAAAAUAAUAUUCUAAUAGUAAAUGAAUGAAAUUCUUUUUCAUUUGAUUUUUGAAUAUAAUUUAUGAUUAUAUUAUAAAAUAUUUAUUAAAUUAAAUUACGAUUAAAUUUUGAAUUAUAAAUAAAGAUUCAUAAUAAAGGUUCAUAUAUAAUUUAAUAAUUAAAUUUCAUAUAUAUUAUAUUUUAUUUUGUAAAAAAGAAAAAUAUUAUUAAAUGCAAUAAUAUGAGAUAUGAAAGAAUGAAAGAUAAUGUACAUAUAUAUAUUCUGAUAAAGACAUAUGUAUUUUGUUAAUUAAUGGAAUUUUCAAUUUAUCAUGUAUUUAUAUAUUAUUAGCAUAUUUUAAAUGGAUUAUAGAUAAAAUUAUAAAUAAUUCAUAGUGAUUAAGUAUAAAGCCUGUUUCAUGAAAACUGAAUAUUUGAAAGGGUAACGGGGUGUUGGAUUAAUGGUACGAACAAAAUCAGGGAAAGUGAGCGAGUAAGUUAAUGUGUAAGAGGAACAAGGAAAAAGUAUACAGAGAGAGAGAGAGAGAGAGAGAGAGAGAGAGAGAGAGAGAGAGAGAGAGAGAGAGAGAGAGAGAGAGAGAGAGAGAGAAUGUGGGAGGGGAAGCUCGUACGCCGGUGAGCAAAUCGAGUGUCAGACUCGUGGCAGAGGGGUCAGCGCGAGAGAAAGAACGACACGAACCGAACGUUUUCUGGACUUAGCGGGAACGUGAAAUAUCCGCGAAAGGAUGAACGACAUGGAAGCUUACGGAGACGGAUACAUGGAGCCAGAAGAAGAAUGGGAGAGAGAAGGUCUUUUGGACCCGGCUUGGGAAAAACAGCAGAAAAAGACAUUCACAGCAUGGUGCAAUUCGCAUCUUCGCAAAGCGGGAACCGCCAUAGAAUCGAUCGAGGAGGAUUUUAGAAAUGGACUGAAAUUAAUGUUACUGCUCGAGGUAAUUUCUGGCGAAACACUUCCAAGACCGGACAGAGGAAAGAUGAGGUUCCACAAGAUUGCAAAUGUGAACAAAGCUCUUGAUUAUAUUGCCAGUAAAGGCGUAAAAUUAGUAUCUAUUGGAGCAGAGGAAAUUGUGGAUGGCAAUUUGAAGAUGACAUUGGGUAUGAUCUGGACCAUUAUAUUAAGAUUUGCUAUUCAAGAUAUUUCCGUGGAGGAAAUGACUGCUAAGGAAGGUCUUCUACUGUGGUGCCAGCGAAAAACUGCACCGUAUAAAAAUGUCAAUGUUCAAAACUUCCAUCUGUCGUUCAAGGAUGGCUUGGCGUUUUGCGCUCUUAUUCAUCGUCAUCGACCGGAUCUUAUCGAUUAUAAUAAACUUAGCAAGGAUAAUCCUUUAGAGAAUUUGAACACUGCCUUCGAUGUUGCUGAAAAAUAUCUCGACAUUCCUCGUAUGUUAGAUCCCGAUGAUUUGAUCAACACACCCAAGCCAGAUGAGCGUGCAAUCAUGACGUACGUGUCCUGCUACUACCACGCGUUCCAAGGUGCUCAGCAGGUCAAUAUGCGAAAUACAGCAAUGCCUGAUGAACGAGCUGUGAUGACCUACGUUUCUUCGUACUACCACUGUUUUAGCGGUGCGCAAAAGGCAGAGACAGCCGCGAAUAGAAUAUGCAAAGUUCUGAAAGUGAAUCAGGAAAACGAAAGGCUGAUGGAAGAAUACGAACGUCUGGCGUCUGAUUUGUUGGAGUGGAUCAGGCGAACUAUGCCUUGGUUGGCUAGUCGACAGACCGACAACUCCCUUGCCGGUUGCCAGAAGAAAUUGGAAGAAUAUAGAACGUAUCGUCGUAAGCACAAACCACCCCGGGUCGAGCAAAAGGCUAAACUGGAAACGAAUUUCAAUACUUUGCAAACGAAAUUGAGAUUGAGCAAUCGACCUGCUUAUAUGCCAACAGAGGGGAAAAUGGUAUCCGAUAUAAAUAAGGCUUGGAAAGGUUUGGAGUUGGCAGAGAAAUCGUUCGAAGAGUGGCUGUUGUCCGAAAUGAUGCGUCUCGAACGCUUGGAACAUUUGGCUCAGAAAUUCAAGCACAAAGCUGAUGCGCACGAAGAAUGGACAGCAGGAAAGGAAGAGAUGCUUACGUCGCAACACUUCCGACAAUGCAAGCUCAACGAACUCAAAGCUUUGAAGAAAAAGCACGAAGCUUUCGAAUCGGACCUUGCUGCUCAUCAGGAUCGCGUAGAGCAGAUAGCCGCUAUCGCUCAAGAGCUCAACACUCUGGAAUAUCACGAUAGCGCGUCCGUUAAUGCUAGGUGUCAACGAAUUUGCGAUCAGUGGGAUCGUUUGGGUACUCUUACCCAACGUAGGCGUCAAGCGCUAGACGAAGCUGAGCGUAUUCUUGAAAAGAUCGACGUUCUGCAUUUGGAAUUUGCUAAGCGGGCUGCUCCGUUUAAUAACUGGUUGGACGGAACCAGGGAAGAUUUAGUAGAUAUGUUCAUCGUCCACACGAUGGAGGAGAUUCAAGGAUUGAUGGAUGCUCACGCGGCGUUUAAAGCAACUCUGGGCGAGGCUGAUAAGGAAUACAACGCUAUCGUGGGAUUGGUGCGCGAGGUCGAGUCGAUAGUGAAACAAUUCCAAAUCCCUGGUGGCCUUGAAAAUCCGUACACCACCCUAACUGCUUUGGAUCUUACGAAGAAAUGGAGCGAUGUCAGGCAACUUGUACCUCAACGCGAUGGUACGCUUCAAGCGGAGCUUCGUAAACAACAGAACAACGAAUUGCUUCGACGACAAUUUGCUGAGAAAGCUAAUGCAGUCGGGCCCUGGAUAGAACGCCAAUUGGACGCAGUUACAGCUAUCGGCCUCGGUCUUCAGGGUACUCUGGAAGACCAACUGCAUCGUUUGAAAGAAUACGAACAGGCAGUUUAUCAGUACAAAGUUCAUCUUGAAGAACUCGAAAAGAUUCAUCAAGCUGUUCAAGAGGGUAUGAUAUUUGAGAACCGAUAUACUCAAUACACCAUGGAGACAUUACGCGUUGGAUGGGAACAAUUACUCACCUCUAUAAAUCGUAAUAUCAACGAGGUCGAAAAUCAAAUUCUUACCAGAGAUUCGAAGGGUAUUACGCAAGAACAACUUAACGAAUUUCGUAGUAGUUUCAAUCAUUUCGAUAAGAAUCGUACAGGUAGAUUGGCUCCUGAUGAAUUCAAGUCUUGUCUCGUUUCACUUGGAUAUUCUAUUGGGAAGGAUAGGCAAGGCGAUAUCGAUUUCCAACGUAUCCUAGCCAUUGUUGAUCCAAAUAAUUCUGGUUACGUACACUUUGAUGCGUUCCUAGACUUUAUGACCCGUGAGUCCACCGAUACGGAUACGGCUGAACAAGUUAUCGAUAGUUUCCGUAUACUUGCCGGAGACAAGCCGUACAUCUUGGCAGAUGAAUUGAGAAGAGAAUUGCCACCUGAUCAGGCUGAGUAUUGUAUUCAACGAAUGCCACCUUAUAAAGGACCGAACGCAAUUCCUGGGGCAUUAGAUUAUCGUUCGUUCUCUACUGCUCUAUAUGGUGAAUCGGAUUUGUAAAGAUGACGUGUUAAAAAUUGAGAGAACUUUUGGAUGAUUUCCAUUUAAAAAAAAGAAAAAAGAAAAAAAAACGGAUCAAAUGUUAUUUGAAACAUUCGUCACGUUUCUGAUGCAUCUUUAUGAAUUAAGAAUCUCAAUACGAUAAAAAAAAAAAAAUAGCCUAGCAUAAAAAGAUAUAAUGUUCAAAACGAUAAAAAGGGUCUAAUUUGUUUAUACGUGUCACGAGUGUUAGCAAUUUUUUAUUCGUGAUAUUUUUUUAACGUAAAGGAACCUGAGAGCUGAAUCGAUAAACUUUGAUGAACACCGUUACGAUGUCUGUCAUUGUUGCGAAAUAAAAGAUCGAUAAUGCUCGAUAAAGAGGGGUCCGUACUUAAAUAAAUAAGCCUGUACAGUGACAAUAAAUGUACAAUUUUUAGAUACCUUAACGUUAAAAGAAUAGCACACAAUCAAAUACAUCAAGUUCUUCUAGAACGUUUGCUUCUUGCCUAUGUCUGCGAUGAGUCCUAUAAUUAGUAAGUUAAUAUUUCAAUUGUAUAUAAACAUGUCCGAGAAGUCACACGAGUAUCAGUAAUAGAGACAAAUAAUAAGCAUUUCCUUUUCGCAAGCGUUCCAGAAAAGGAUAAAACUAUACUGUUCCAUAUAAAUGAAUAUUGUAUUAAAAUGAGCAAUUUAAUUAAAUGGUUUAUUAUGUACAAUUUAUUACGUGCGCCGAUAUUGCAGCCUUACACAUAUUAUUAAGAGAGAAAUCAUAUAUAUAAUAUAUAUAGUUUAUCGAUAAUAUUUGUAUGGUUUUGACAAAGAUGAAUUGAAUUCAAAUGUUUUUAUCAAAUAUAAUUUAAUUUUCUUUUGAUUCAUCUAAGUGAAACGAUUAUUUCAAUUAUAUUUAAAUAACGUGAUACGAGACAUGUGUCUCACAGUUCCUAAAUGCAAUUUUGUAAAUCGAUUAAUUUUUUUAUUACUUUCAAUUUUAAAAUGAAUUUUUUUUUUUUUUUUUGUCAAAAGAAAUAGACAUAAUUCAAGCAUAAGGCGCAAAUCGAUGUUCGUAAAAUAAAGCGAAAAUUCAUGAUAUGUGUAUAAAUUAAGGUUAUUAACGAUGUAAACGAAUUUUUGAAAAUACGUACGUACGUGCGAAACGACCUUCUCGCUAAGGAUCCAGAAAAAUAAUUACUCGAAAUCGAAUAUAAUUGUUCAUAUUUUUUUAUAAUUAAGCGGUGUUACGAAUUCUUGAACGAGAAAACCGCUUUUAUCUUUUUUUUUUUUUUUUUCUCUCUCGUAAAUCGCAUAUUAAAUAAUGCGAAACGAAUGCUAAAGAAAGCAAAUUAUUUAUUUAUUUUGAAUGAAAUAAUUAUUUAUUAUUGUUCCGAUAUAAUUAAUUACCGUAGUAAACGAAGCCACUUUUUCAAAGUAUUUAUUUUUAUAAAUAUUUGAGAGAAGUGAAGAUAAACGAAAGGCCACUGUAAUAUAAGAAUUAUUAUUGUAAAAUUUCCAAAUAGCAACCGCCAUUUUUCUUGUGUCAUGUGUAUUAGAUCACACAAUUUAUAUUCAACAGCCUAAAAUAUUUCAUCAUUUAAUCGAAUCAUUGUCGUCCAAUAUCAUUAUGUUAUCUCAAUGCCAUGGAAGACGCUCGUGUGUGAAAUGCAAUUAUUCGAGAAAAGAGAAAAAGUACACGGUAUACUUUUUUUUUUCUUGCUUGGAACUUAGUGCUUCUUCAAUCUAUCUAUCUUAACGCGUUUUGCGAGUUCACAGUAAUUUCUUUAUUUUCGUUAAAAAAAAUGUUAUUAUAUUGGGCUUUUUAUAGGGAUAAAAAAAAAUAUAUAAAAAGAACUGGAAAGAUCUACCGAUCUACCAAACACUAUACAAGUUCAAGUAUAUGUUGUAAACACAUAAAAAAUAUACAAAUAUACACACGCACACGCACAUACGCACAUAUACACAACAUAUGUAUAUAUAUACAUACAUACAUACAUAUAUAUAUAUACUCACGUACAACACAUAUACAUAUCCAUGGAUGAAGUUAUGAACAUUCGUAAUAUGAAAACGUAAUUAAUUUAAAAAUCACUUAAUAUGUGUUCAAUGUAUGUAUAUGCCGAAAGAAAUCUUUCCAAAAAAAUCAAAUUUUCGAUAUGUUCAAUAUCGUAUUGUGUACACAUAUACAUUCUCAUUAAUAAUCACAUGUAUGCAUAAUUAUUAUAAUUCUUAUAAUUUUACAUUAAUUUAAUAUAAUAUUUACAAUUUUAAUUUGUUUCAAACAUCAGCUCGACAAUCGUAUCAUAUUUUUCAUGUAACACUUGUCGACUUUACUACUUUUGUUUUAUCAAUUUCAUCUCCCUCAGCUAGAUUAAUAACAAAAAAAAAAGUAUUAUAAAAUAUCAAGCUAGGAGAAAAAAAAAUAAAGGUCUUUGAAGAGAGAGCGAGAGCGAGAGCGCGAGCGAGCGAGCGAGAGAGAGAGAGAGAGAGAAUGAAGACCGUUCAAAUUUUGUAUUGAAAAAAAAAAAAAGCGUAAAGAUUGGGUAUAAUUGUUUUUAACGUAUCCUAGUAUGCGUCAUAUCAAGUGGGCGAAAUAAUAACAAAAAAUAUUUAAAUAAAAAUUUCUAACAGUGUGGUUAAAAA